AUGGUUGACCAGCAUAUGCUCUGGGCCGUGGGACGGAACCGUUGCCCACCCAACUUUUUCUUUAAGCUGUCUCUGGCUUCUGGGAUCAUGCUCUUGUUGGAGAAUUUCUAUUAUAGAGUUUUGGUGAUAGUUUCUGGAUAUUUCAACAAUACUGAGAUUGCAGUUGAUGCCCUUUCCAUCUGCAUAACUAUCUAUGCUUGGGAAUCCAUGAUUCCGCUGGGAUUUUUGGCGGCAACUGGAGUGCGCGUAGCAAAUGAACUUGGUGCAGGCAAUACAAAAGCUGCGAAAUUUGCAACCACUGUUGCAGUCUUAACCUCCCUAGCUGUGGGAGUUCUAUUUUGGUUAAUAAUUAUAGCCUUUAAUGAGAAGCUUGCAAUGAUCUUUACCUCAAGUAGUCCUGUUAUCACAAUGGUCAAUGAAUUAUCAGUCUUGUUGGCAUUUACCAUUCUCCUUAAUUGCAUUCAACCAGCGCUCUCAGGCGUAGCAGUCGGAUCUGGUUGGCAAGCAAUAGUAGCUACUAUAAAUAUUGGUAGCUACUACCUUGUAGGAGUUCCUGCUGGUGUUGUUUUGGGGUGGUUGCUGUUGUUUGGUUUUAAGGGAUUGUGGACUGGAAUGAUCAGUGGAACUGUGGUUCAGACCUUGAUAUUAGUCAUUAUCACCAUGAGAUUGGAUUGGGAAAAAGAGGCACAGAGAGCUCAAAUUCAAAUAGCAAAGGAGGCAACUUCCAAACCAGUGAUCUCAGCUCAACAGUAA